GUCAGUCAAGUUCUUCGUUGCAAACAUCGAUAGCAGAAUGCAGAAAAUUUUCAUCAUUUUGGCCAUCUUUGGCCUAGGCUUUGCCAGUGCCAAUCUCCGUACGGAGAUGGAUGAGCUGAUCGAGUUCUUAAAGAUGGAAGAAGUUCGCGAGAUCUACAACUGGUGGAUCGUUCAUGACGCCCAGGUGGGAGAGAUUUACGCCUUCCUGCAGACUGACGAAGCCAAUGAAGCUUGGGUUGUGAUAACGACCAGCAAUCCCGACAUGCAGGAGAUCAGUGCCUGGGCCUUGGAGCGAGGUGUCGAUCUGAAGGAUUACCUAAACCGAAUUGCUACCGUCUUGGGACUGUCUCCGAUUGGUACCCGUGCCUUGAGGAACACUGCCGCUCGUAGCUGGGCCAGCAUGAUGGAGGAAAUCCGCGCCGUACAGGAUCUGGAUGGAGCUAAGGCUCGCGCUGCGGAGUUCAUUGAUGAUCCAACCAGCGAGUUUGGAGAGCUGCACCGCAUGAUCGCUGCCCAGCACGAGUCAAUCCAUGGAACCUUUGAAGAUCCGGCCGUUCGUCGUGUAUCGUCACAGCUGCGUGCUUUCGGUGUGGAUAUUGACGGAUUCAUCGAACGUCUCUACGAUUUUUUCGGAUGGGAUCACAGCGACCACCACUAAAUGAUGAGAUAUGAUGAAUAAAUCUGAUACUUUUUUGCAAUAA